CGAAAAUAGUUUUGAUUAGCGCGCAACUUUUGCAUCCCGUAAUUUGGUGCAUCGUUUGAUGGGCUUGUUCGGCGCUUUAUAAUCAAGGCAAGCUUAUAAAGUCGGCAUUCUGCUGCCACCUUAGUACUGAAUGCUCUAGAACUAUCUGCAAGUCCGAUAGCUGGUACAAGGAUCGAUGAUUAUGCACUCUUAGGACAUGAGUAAACUGUUGAAAGUCCACACCGAGUGGUUAGAGUCUAUAGGGUACUCGCCAUAUGUAUGGCUCCGAGGUGACUGGCACCAACCACUUCAUCUUUUAUCAAAGUUGCUUGCCGUUCAACUGCAAGAAAGGAGGCCAGACAACUCUGGCAAUGAUGUUGCAUUCAAAAUCGGAUUCAAUACCAUGCUGCAACUGGCUGAGGAAACAUUGGGAAUCCCUUGCCUUAUCACCGAAAGGGACUUGAUGAUAAAGUACCCCAAUAUCAUGCUGGCAAUGUUGGUCUAUCUCAUCUGCGUCAAACAUUCGGUGGACUUCAUUGAUCCAAAGUCACUGCGAAAUGUCGUAGCUCCAAAAUUGGUUUUCGAGGCCAGAAAUGGUGGAGACGCUCAGUUUCCCAGAUGUGCGUCGUGUCACGAACAUGUGUUUAUUGUUGAGCGAGUCAUCACUGAGGCCACCGUUUGGCACAGGCAAUGUUUCAAAUGUGUUGAAUGCAACGCUCCGAUGAGAGUAGGAGGAUUCAAAAAAGGGAAGAGAGGCUAUGAAUGCGUUACUCACUCUAUUCGACGUAUACUUGAUGCAACGGAGGAAAAGAGAAGUUCUCGUCCGACUGUAGCUCCACCUGCUGCGCCUCUUCCCAACCCAAAGCUAACAUGUACAACCAACAAUGGUACUAACUCGGUUCCACCACCAAUAUCGCCAAAACCAAAACUUACAACUGACGGCAGAGUCAAACCUUUGCCUCCUCCUAAACCUGCGAGGUUUGUUACAGAGCCAAGGUUGCCGGAAGCUGAAACCACAUCCGAAAUAAAGACUCGCGAAUACGAGGAGGUGAAUGGUUCUGAAAACUCCGGAGAUUCUGGCGUUGUCCUUAGAGUACAAAAUCUCUGUACGGAUACGGAUUCGGAUGGCUACCAGGUUGUUGCUCUUCCGCCUUCCACUUUGUCAACUCCAUCGGCCGAUGCAGCGAAGCUGCCUGUGCCUCCACCUCGUCCAAAACGAGCCUCGCUUCUUCUGACUUCUGGGUCAACUCCCCGGUCGAAAAAUGCCUCGGCCUCAAACACAUUGCAAGCGGACAGUCUCCCGCGACGUUUCAGUUCUGCCAGCAAACUCACUGAGUCUGAUUGUCAGUCUACUUCAUCCAGUUUCGUGAUUGAGGACUAUCCUGAUGAACUAUGCCCAUUCGACGAGGAUGACGAUAUAGAAUGCGAAGUGGCAAAAAACCCUUUUGCUGAUAGCGAUGACGAGAGCAGCGAUUCUGCGCAUCUUCUUUCUUUGAAAACUAUCACACCUUCAUCUCUUUUACCUGGAGAGUCAGAUCGCCCAAAAUCCACUCCACCACCGCCUCCUCAGUCAUCUAAUUCAAACGGGGAGGGUAAGCGGAGCCCCAUUGACGAAGACAAGUUCCACACUUUGAAAAUCUCUAGAAAAAGUGUUCGAGCUGCACUCCCACCGACAGUCUGCAGGAGGAAGAUCAUGUUUACAAAUCACAAAACUCUUGGUGAUACAACAGAGAUUGCCAAAAAGCUCGAAGAUCUUGAUGAUGAGCUGAUGAAAAUUGUACGAGAAGGAAAGCAGUUAGAAGUGGAAUUGCUGUUUCUGAUUACUCAAAAUCCCGGUGGAUGGCUUAAAAUGCCUAGAACUGAAGAUUUUAUUGCUAUUAUGUGCCGUUAUCUGGAUAGGCUAAGAGAAAGUUGUUUUCUGCAGUACAUGUGGAGGGAAGCCUUUCUCAACGAGAUCCAUUCGGAAACCGAAUAUCUCCUUCGAUGUAUAGUUGAGAAGGAUAUACAAGACAGUGUUACACUUGAACGAGAGAAAGAACUGACUAAUCUUCUCAUUUUUAUCAUAGAUGAGAAGGCCAAAUUGUCUGAAGAAAACUUUGAUGAUUUUCCGACUGAGUCGAGUGCAAAAAAGAAACGAGAGCUGAAAAGGCGGAAAUUGAAACUUAAACUCAAGCUCAAAUUGUUGUCGAAGAAGAAAUAGGAAAUGAUUCUACAAUUCAGCUUCGCAUUCACGCAUAGUAGACGAAACUUUGUAGGAUGGAUGGAUGGUCGUCUUCUUCGGAGGAGUAGUGCGUUUAAGACGAGUUUAAGAUGAGACACUAUUUUGAUCAUUACUAUCACAUGUCAGUGACUAGCGUAAAUGGCAGAUACGAAGACGACGUAGAGAAAAACAUGUACAUAAAUAAUUUACUAACAUUCAAUGCUUGCCAUUUGUAUCUCGAAGUCUGAGGAACGGGUGGUAGAGCGAUUUUUGUUCGUAGUCAUCACCGGUAGUGCUAUCAUCUCCACCUCUUUUCUCUGGGUUUUUACAAAGUUUGUAUUCUUAAGGAUUUUUUUCGCAUGUGUUGCAGUAGUGCUUGCUCGUAAGUCAUUAUUACCCUGUGCUUGCCAAAGUAUGUGUCCAUAAAGUGAUAGGAAAAAUUUGCAUUACUAUCUUGCCUGUGUUUUGCUUAUGCGAAUAAAUUGUAACAAAUUUUCGAUGUUAUUUGGUCUACGUAUUGUGGAUUCUUACCAAG